AAAUCAAAGGUCUAACUGAAUUGAUCUUUCCAAAUAAUCAAUUUGAACUCCUGAUGAAACGUGCAACACGAUUAUACUUAUAUGAAAUCCCUAAGAAUAUUAUUGAUAGUAAACAAAUAGAAGUAGUGAAUGAAGACACAGCACUGUCAUUUUUAUCACUG